AUGUCUGCCUCUUCAGCGCUGAGACGGCUGACCCACAGGUCUCCCCGCAGUCUCCAGUCCCGCAUCGCUUCGCUCUCCCGCACCUCUUCUGCCCCCUCCUCCGUCCUCAGCUCCUACAGAGCUUCAUCACCAGCUUUACCUCGUGUCUCGAGAUUCUCAACAAUGGCGUCCUUGCAAUCCGCGGCCCCAAUUCCUGCUGCUUCGCAGGUAGGCUAUGAUCCUGAAAUCAAGGACAUGGCCGACUACAUCCACAACUACAAGAUCGACUCCGACCUCGCGUUUGACACCGCCCGGUUGGUCCUCCUAGAUACCCUUGGAUGUGGGUUGGAAGCUCUGAAGUUCAAGGAGUGCACCAAGCUCCUUGGUCCCGUUGUCGAUGGCACCGUCGUUCCCAACGGUACCCGCGUACCAGGUACUCCCUAUCAAUUGGACCCCGUAAACGGUGCGUUCAACAUCGGUGCGAUGAUCCGUUGGCUCGACUACAACGACUGCUGGCUCGCUGCUGAGUGGGGUCAUCCCUCCGACAACCUGGGUGGUAUCCUCGCUGUCGCGGACUGGGUCUCUCGCACCAACCGCGCUGGUGGAAAUAUUGCUGGGGGUAAGAUCUUCACAAUCAAGGAUGUCUUGGAGGCAAUGAUCAAGGCCCAUGAGAUUCAGGGUGUCCUUGCCCUAGAGAACUCCUACAACAGGGUCGGUCUGGACCACGUUGUCCUGGUCAAGGUGGCUACGACCGCUGUCGUGUCCAAGAUGCUUGGCCUCAGUGAGAAGCAGACCGCCGACGCCAUCACCCAAGCGUGGGUUGACGGCCAGAGUCUCCGUACUUACAGACACUCUCCCAACACCAUGUCGAGGAAGUCGUGGGCUGCCGGUGAUGCCUGUCAGCGCGCCGUCAACCUCGUUCUCAAGGUCCAAAAGGGCGAGGGUGGUCUUAAGACCGUCCUUUCUGCUCCUGUCUGGGGUUUCUAUGACGUUCUGUUCAAGGGCAACAAGUUCAAGUUCCAGCGCCCAUACGGCAGCUACGUCAUGGAGAACGUUCUCUUCAAGGUUUCUUAUCCCGCUGAAUUCCAUUCUCAGACUGCCAUUGAGGCGGCUGAGAUCAUCAACAAGAAGCUCGCGGAACUGGGCAAGACCGCCAAGGAUAUCAAGGAGGUCACCAACCGUACCCACGAGGCGUGCAUCCGCAUCAUCGACAAGCAGUUCAAGGCCAUGGACAACUUUGCAGACCGUGACCACUGCGUACAGUACAUGGUCGCUACCAUGCUGGUCUUCAACCGCCUGACUGCCAACGACUACGCCGAUGGCUCCGAGGCCGCUACCUCUCCUCUGCUAGAGAACCUCCGCCAGCGCAUCCGCUGCGUUGAGGACCCCAAGUUCACCCUGGACUACCACGACCCCAGCAAGCGUACCAUCCCCAACGCUCUCACCGUCACUCUGAACGACGGCACUGUUCUCGAUGAGGUCAUUGUCGAGGCGCCUCUCGGUCACCGUCUGCGCCGUGACGAGGCCAAGCCCGAGAUUCUGGACAAGUACCAGCGCCACCUCCGGGCGCACUUCGACCAGGCUCGCCUCAAGCAGCUCGUCGACCUAGGCAACAACAAGGCCGAGCUGGAGGGUUACGAGGUUGACAAGUACGUCGACCUCUACGUCAAGGACAGCAUCGUUGCUCCUGAGGCUUAG